CCCAAACACAGACUGUAGCGGGGCGUGGCGCGCUCAUUGCCGGGCGGAGCCGGGGGAUGUCUGUCGGUGAACUCUCCCACACAAAGGAGAGGAAACAAAACAAAGCCAGGAAGCCUGACAUUAACUCGCGUCCAGACAAACAGAUCAAUUGACUUGCUUUUGUCUUUGAAAAGCCUUGUUUCAAGACUUGGGACACCGCUGCUGCUGCUGAGAGAGGAAAAUAGCACCUUUGGGUGAUGGUGAGACAGCAUCUAGACUGUAUGCGCAUUUGAAAGUGAUCUUUCCUGAUUGAUCCAUGCAGAAAGUGUGGCGUUGCGUCUCGUGCUGAGUCAGCUGGCCGCGUCGUGAUGAACGGGAGUCGGUGCAGCGCGGUGGCCUGUCCCGGGGGCGGUGUCUUCUCAGGGCUGCCGCCGCUGCCCAAGGGCCUGAGCGGCAUCCUGAACUCCAGCGGCGGGUCGUGGCGGGACAUCGAGAAGGUCCACAGCAAGAGAGCGCGCAUUCAGGCCGACAUCAGCCGGGGUGGCGGGGAUGCGCCGCGCGGUCACGGCAAACCAGGCGGACUGGACGCUGCUCUGGCUCUGCUGCGGAAAGAAAUGGUCGGUCUGCGUCAGCUGGACAUGUCUCUGCUGUGCCAGCUGUGGUCUCUCCAUGAGGCCAUCCAGGAGUACAAGGGCUCCUCGCUUCUGUCCGAGGCCUCGCUCACUGCUGAUAAUGGAUCCUCUGAGGAGGACGAUGAAGAUGAGGAGGAGACAGGAGUUCCCUCACAGCCUCCAUCCUCUUCCUCCUUGUCUCUGCCUCCACCCAGCAGCAACUCCAGGGACCAGUGGAUCAAAGACUCCUUUCAUAUUCCCUGAUGAAGACACACACACACAUACGCACACACUCCAUGUGGAGACACCUUAACGUUCAUUCUUACUGCACCAUUAGGAACCAUUUACACUAGUUUUUAUGCAUCUCUUGUCCAGAUUGUUUUUCUGGCUGUGGGCCAAUCUGGCAGCGAGACAAUAGCUCUGUAAUACAGGGUGUUGACUGGCUGCUUAUCAGUUUAUAAUCUUGCACUACAUGGGUGUUAAAAUAAGACAAGAAAUCAAGACCGACAAGUGAGACCAGAUGUUAUAAUUGUUUUUGCUCUUUAUUGCAUACUCUGCAUGCUACUACAUGCUGCUUGCUUGUCAUUGAAUCUUAGCUAGGAGCAAUAUUUCUUAGAAUUAUUGUCGGGUCUUAUUCCACUUUUGAUGCAUCUGGUUUUCUGAUGAUUUCAGACUUUAAAACUCGCUGUUCUGUAAAUCGAGUAGGAUAAUCUUUCAUUGCUCAGUAUCCUCUGCCACUUAGUGUCUUGACUGAAGAACAGAAGUGCUGUCUUCAAUAAUCUGUAUUCUCUUUAUUUCUAUGAGCAUUUGACACAGUAUAUGCAUUUUCUGACCCAAAUAUGAGGAGGAAUUAUUUUUGAAAAAAUGUAUGCACAGUAGCUUUUAUAAGCGGUAUCGUCGGCUAAAAUUUUGUCGGAAAUCAUUUUGUUUUACAUUAUGUGUGCUGCUGUUCUCGGUGAGGCACCUCUCUUCAUUAAAUACAGUUAUAUACUGUAUAUUGAUAUAAAUGUAGCUUCAUGUCGCGACUUCCCCAGUCCAAACUCAUGACAAACCUGGGGGGGGAAACAAGGCAAGAUACAGGAAAUGAUCCCAGUCUGAAGACAACACAUAUUCAGAUGUCACUAAAGGCUCAUCAAUCAUGAGUUGUUCAGUAUUAUUAGAAUCAAAGCAACUCCUUAAUGCAAUGUUAAUGUUUUGUCACAGUGGAUUUUCCUCCUGUGAAUCAGUGCUGUUUUUUUUCUCGCCCAAAUGAUUAGAACUGUAUAUGUGCAAAUGACUAUCAAACUCUGUCUGCCCCGCAGAAACAUUUACAUAGUCUUGAAUUGAAUCACUUGUCUAAAUGACUCUUUUUGUAUCUUUCAUCUUAAAAUAAAACUGCAGUGUACACCGCAGACAUGCA